AUGAUGCUCAACGUUUCCGCCACCCUCUCCCCCUCUCGCAAGAAGGACACUCGGACCCAGGUGCGGGAGCAGCUGGAGAAGGAACACGCCGGAGUUUCGCCCUGUAUCAAGAACCAACUCCGCGCAGUCUACUCGCCGCUGAGCGGCAGCAAGAACGCCCCACAGGGCGACACCGUCAAGAAGACCCUUCUGGACAUGUACGCCGACGUCGGGACCCCGAUCGGCCGCUUCUCUCUGGAGAGCGGACUCGGGUUCGACUUCUCGCCCUCCAGCGGCGCCAACCACUCCGUUCAGUCCGCCAUCAUCACCGUCGACUCGCCCGCCACCGCCGGAUCUUCUUCCAGCGUCGUCGGCCACGAUGAUGAUGGUGACCUCCACCAGGAGGAGGAGCAGGAGGAGCAGCAGGGCGAAGGGCCAACCUCCGUGCCCAGCCCCCCGCUGCCAUCGUCAGGCGCAGUCGCCGUGACGGACGAUGAUAAAGCCGCCUGCUCCGCGCUGCUGGCCAUCAGCAACAUCAUCCUCGACGACGUGCCUCCCACUCUCGCCGUGUCUCCUCUGCCCCUCAACGGCGGCAACAACGGCUUCGGCGGCAGCGACUUUUGGGAAACGUCGGUGAUAAGAGAACUUCGGGAUGGACCAACCUUUGGCACCGGCGGCCCCAACUUCAACACAACCACCACAGAGAGGCUCCUGCUCUCCGACGACGACGACGACGACGAUGAGCCCCCCUUCAGUGGUUGCUUCUCGGCACCCGGAAUCGACGGCAACAACGGCAACAACCAACAGCAGCACCAGCACCAGCAGAAGCAACAGAAACCGCAGUGGCUGGAAGACGAGGAGGACCAGGUCCCCAUGAGCGCGUUCGAAGUUAUCAUCGACCAGGUGUUGAAAAAGGCCAAGACACAGAUGAUGACCGGCGUCACCAGGGUAGUGGAAGACGUCCUAGUCAACCUUUCAGGGGACAUCCACCUGGAACUAACAAAAUGGAAAUCCGCCUCAGGCCUGAAGCAUGGGGCCACGGGGGCGAUGGACCCGGUACCGCCGUUCACGCCUCCACCCCCCCGUUCGGCAACCACCCUUCUUCCCCGCACCCCUCCCGCUGGACUCUCGUCGCUCCUCCUGCGUUCGACAGGGUCGCAAAUUUCGCUAGCGUCCGCCGCGCACGGCAGCGUGGACCCCUCCUCCGCCCCCCCAUUCGCUGCACCCGCUGCUGCGGCCGCUGCCACCGCCGCAGACGGGAGCUUUUCCGGGAGCCUGCAGUCGCUGGACCUUGCAGCCGUUGCUGCCGCCGCCGCGGAGGCGAUUUGCCUCUCUGCGGCCGGCGUGUUCGGCGACGAUGAUGGCGAUAGCGCGACCCCUACCGCCCCAGCCACCACCCCUGCAACGACCACCGGUGUCACUGCCACCGUUGCUGACGAGCCGAUCGGGGUUGCCCCGGUCCCUGUGUCAGCCGGGGAUGAUCAGGCUCUUUCUGUUGCCACUACUGCGGCCACGAUGUCCGCCCCUACUCCCUUCCACUCGGCCACCGCUACCGUCACCAACCUCCUCUCAGCAGCCACCACCAGCCCGCCACCGGUGAUGCCGAUCGACCUGUCGUCUCCAGUCACCGGCAACGAGAGCGUGGGCGCCUCCGCAACGGGCACCACCGGUGUCCCCGACCUUUCACGCAGCGAAGAGAUUCUCUCUCCACCGACCGACGCUUGUUGUGGGGCCAACAACCCCGACGAUGCCGUAGCCUCCCCGACGACUUCCGCCGCCGUGGGCACCUCAAACAACAACGGAGCUUCCACGCCUUCCGGCGUUCUCGCCGCCGCACGCAACUUGACCACCACGCCCACGCCUUCUGCCGCCCCGACCUCGGAUGCUCCCGCCAUCUGCCCCACCCCUUCCCCCGGUGGAAUUGCCAUCGCCGCCGGCACCUCUCCGCCCCCCGCGUCUACCGUUCCACUUCUCGCGGGAACUACCGCCGCCGUCACCACCUCCGCCGGUGUCAUCGUCGGCGUCGAGUCUCCCUCCACCCCUGUGGUGCCCCCGGUCCUGCCCUCGCCAGGAUCCACCCCGAAGGGGAUCAUCGAGCGUGAGCUGAAGGUGGACAUUGCUUUAAACUCCAUCGCUGUACGCAACUCGGCUACCACGCCCACGCGUUCCGCUGCCCCCACCGUGGGUGCUCCCGCCAUCUAUCCCGCCCCUCCCCCCAGCGGCACCGCCGCCACCACCGCUGCUGCCGCCGCCGCCGGUAUUUCUCCGACUCCGGUCUUUACUCAUCCACUCCUCGCGGAAACUACCGCUACCGUCGCCGCCGCCGCCGCCGCCGGUUCCUCUUCGACCCCCACGGCUACUGUUCCACCCGCGGCAACUAUGUCCACCGCGACCACCACCGCCGCUAUCGUCGUCAGCGCCAGGUCUCCUUCCACCUCUGCGGUGCCCCCGGUCAUGCCCUCACCAGGAUCAGCCCCGAAGGGGAUCAUCGAGCAUGCUCCCGCCACCUGCCCCGCCCCGUCCCCCGACGGCAUCGCCGCUGCCGCCGCCGCCGGCACCUCUCCGGCUCCCAAGUCUACUGUUCCACUCGCGGGAACUGCCGCAACCAUGACCACGACCGCAACCGCUGCCGCCGGUAGCUUUCCGACCCCCAAGUUUUCUGUUCCACUCCUGGCGGGAACUACCCCCACCGCCAAUGCUGCCGCCGCCGCCGGUACUUCUCAGACUGCCGUGUCUGCUGUUCCACUCCUCGCGGGAACUACCGCUACCGCCGCCGCCGCCGCCGCCGCCGGUAGCUCUCCGACCGCCAGGUCUGCUGUUCCACUCCUCGCGGAAACUACCGCUACCGCCCCCGCUGCCGCCGCCGGUACCUCUCCGGCUCCCAAGUCUACUGUUCCUCUCGCGGGAACUGCCGCAACCACGACCACGACCGCAACCGCUGCCGCCGGUAGCUUUCCGACCCCCAGGUUUUCUGCUCCACUCCUGGCGGGAACUACGCCCACCGCCAAUGCUGCCGCCGCCGCCGGUACUUCUCAGACUGCCGUGUCUGCUGUUCCACUCCUCGCGGGAACUACCCCGACCGUCACCGAUGGCGCUGGCGCCGCCGCCGCCGGUAGCUCUCCGACCGCCAGGUCUGCUGUUCCACUCCUCGCGGGAACUACCCCCACCGCCGCCGCCGUCGCCGUCGCCGUCGCCGGUACCUCUCCGGCUCCCAAGUCUACCGUUCCACUCCUCGCGGGAACUGCCGCCACCACCCCCACCGCCGCCGCCGCUGUCGUCGUCGGCGUCAGGUCUCCUUCCACCUCUGCGGUGCCGCCGUUCAUGCCCUCGCCAGGAUCAGCCCCGAAGGGGAUCAUCGAACGUGAGCGGAGGGCAAGCAGCGCCUCAAACACCACCACCCCCGCUUCCUCCUCCGGGAAGGAGAAGCAGAGGCCACCGAUGCGCUUCCACGCCGCCGCUACCGCCAUGGCAUCGCCGGCGCGCCCGCUGCCCGGGUACGCGAACGCCGUGGAAAAAGGACGGCUCCAAUCUGCGGAAGCUGCUGCCGCAGCCGCCACCGACGCCGCUGCCGCCACCACGACCACGACCACGCCGCUGAAGCCGAGCAGCACCAACGUUCAAGAGACCCCGGCCCGGAAGGCAUCGACAGACAAGGGUACCGCCGCCGUGCCGGCACGUUCCGGCGGGGCCGCGGCGUCUCGUGUCGGAACUUCUCCGCCGCCGACCGGGGCGGGCACCAAGACCACCGCCAGGAGAGCUUCGCAAGGCGGGGGCGCCGUGUCGCCGAUGCCGUCGGGGAGCUCGCCGGUGCACGCGGUCUCCGCGGCUUCCGUCAGGCAGAGGAGGAGUGCUGGCGCCGACCGCGCCGCAGCUGUUGCCGCCGUGUUUGGGGCCGGGUCGCCGUUGAGACGCGGCGGGGUGCUCGAGAUGGUGGCGUCGGUUGGCGCGCCAGGGGUGCUCGGCGGCACUGCUGCCGGUCCUGCGUUCCUCCGGGGAUCGCAGCUAGGGUCCAGUUCGCUCGACGAGGUUGCGGACGCACCGGCGGCGGCGGCGGCAGCGGCGGCGGCGGCGGCGGUUAGCGUCUCUGCCAACGCCGGGACGAGGCUGCCGUUGGGGGCCAGGCGGUUGAGCGGGGUCUCGGGGGUGGCGUCGCCGUCACGGGUGGGCGGCGUUGGCCCCGGCGCAGCACGGUCGCCUUUCGGAUCCGUUCUGCUCAACAAGGCGACCUACGGGUCGGCACGCGCGAGCGGAGCAGCUGCUGCUUCUUCUUCUUCUCCGGUGGGUCGCCCGGCAGGGUUCACCCUUGAUAAGGAGAACCCGGCCACUGGAGGGUCGCACGCCAAAGGAGGCGCGGAGGAGAGGCUCUCGACCGUCCGGAGGACUCCGGCCGGCGGCGGCAAGACGAUGUCCAUGCUCGCGCAGGCCGCGGAAGCACGCAAGACAACAUCCUCGAGCAGCACCCAGGCGUCCACGCGACGGGUAUCCGGCAGGGAGAAGAAGGGAGCCGCUGCUGCGGCCGCGGCGGCGGCGACGACUUGCGCGUCGACGAGGUCUGUGAGGACGCGGAGCGUCUUGGCUGCUUCCAACCGGGCAUCCGUCGAGCCGUCGACGAAGGGGGCACCGGCACCGGCAACGACAGCGCCCACCACCAGGAGGAGCGCAAGGAUCGCCGCCGGUUUGGCAAAGUCGUGCGCCAAGAAGUCAAUCGACGGAAUCGGGAGGAGGUCCUCCUGGAGCAGGGACGGGGCGCCGUCGUCGGCUAAGGACAAGCCGCGCUGGAGAUGA